AGAGCGGCGCCUCCCGGGGGAUGAUGAGCCUCUCUGAUUGGCUGACGGGAGCUCAGAGAAGCCGGUGAGCAGGAACCAGGAACCAGUGGGUAAUUGGUGUAAAAUGGCGCUGUCUCAAGGAACAAAGAAAAAAGUUUGCUAUUACUAUGACGGUGAUGUGGGAAACUACUAUUACGGCCAGGGGCAUCCCAUGAAACCUCACAGGAUUCGCAUGACGCACAACCUCCUCCUCAACUAUGGCCUGUACAGGAAAAUGGAGAUCUAUAGACCACACAAAGCCAGUGGGGAAGAGAUGACGAAAUACCACAGUGAUGACUACAUUAAGUUCCUGAGGUCCAUCCGACCGGACAACAUGUCUGAAUACAGCAAACAAAUGCAGAGAUUCAAUGUCGGAGAGGACUGUCCCGUGUUUGAUGGUCUGUUUGAGUUCUGCCAGCUCUCAACAGGUGGCUCUGUGGCUGGAGCAGUGAAGCUGAACAAGCAGCAGACAGACAUCGCCAUCAACUGGGCUGGUGGACUCCAUCACGCCAAGAAAUCCGAGGCCUCCGGUUUCUGCUACGUCAACGACAUCGUCCUGGCCAUCCUGGAGCUGCUCAAGUACCACCAGAGGGUGUUAUACAUAGACAUUGACAUCCACCAUGGUGAUGGAGUAGAGGAGGCCUUCUACACCACAGACCGGGUCAUGACCGUUUCCUUCCACAAGUAUGGGGAGUACUUCCCUGGCACCGGAGACCUGAGGGACAUUGGAGCAGGAAAGGGCAAGUACUAUGCAGUCAACUACCCCCUAAGAGACGGUAUUGAUGAUGAGUCCUACGAAGCCAUCUUCAAGCCAAUCAUGGCUAAAGUCAUGGAGAUGUACCAGCCCAGUGCUGUGGUCCUCCAGUGCGGAGCGGACUCUCUUUCUGGAGACAGACUGGGCUGCUUCAACCUCACCAUCAAAGGUCAUGCCAAGUGUGUCGAGUACAUCAAAAGUUUCAACCUCCCUCUCCUGAUGCUGGGUGGUGGAGGCUACACCAUCCGCAAUGUGGCCCGUUGCUGGACCUAUGAAACCGCCGUCGCUUUGGACUGUUCCAUCCCUAACGAGUUGCCCUACAAUGAUUACUUUGAGUACUUUGGGCCUGAUUUCAAGCUGCACAUCAGCCCCUCCAACAUGACAAACCAGAACACCAAUGAGUACCUGGAAAAGAUCAAACAGCGUCUGUUUGAAAACCUCCGUAUGCUGCCUCACGCCCCCGGGGUCCAGAUGCAAGCCAUCCCAGAGGAUGCUCCUCAUCCGGACAGUGGAGACGAAGAUGAGGAAGACCCAGACAAACGCGUCUCAAUCCGGGCUCAUGACAAGAGGAUAGCCUGUGAAGAAGAGUUUUCUGACUCUGAGGAUGAGGCAGAGGGGCAGGGAGGAGGCCGCAGGAAUGCAGCCAACCACAAGAAGGCCAAACGAGUGAAGAAGGAGGAGGAGAAGGAAGGAGAGGAAAAGAAAGAAGUGAAAGAGGAGGAGAAGGAGGAAGAGAAGAUGGAUACAUCAGGACCAAAAGAAGAAGUGAAGACAACCUGAGGUCUGGUGUAGAAGGAUGGUUACACUGUUCUCAAGCCCCACUGAUUUUCCUACUGGAAUGAUAGGACCCUUUUGUAUUCCUGUUUUAUGAUGUGUUGUUUAGGACACACCUGGUUCACUUGUGAUGCAUCAGUUGGAUGGGACCCCACAGUUGAGUGUAUGAUAAUUUGUCCAGCAUGAAGUGUUAUCAGUGUAAACCCCACUCAUUCAGCACUCCACUGUAGUAUAAAAGUAUCACCUCUGUUCCUUUUGAGCUGUUGUGUGAACCAGGUCUGUCCUAAUGAGAAGAAAACCACCCAGAGUGUUACUGCCUCCACCAUGGCAUCUAAACCCGUUUGUGGGGUUCCAGCAAAAAUACCCGCAGAGACGUAGAUGAUUUAAAAGUCAAGUCAUCACAUGCAAAAAUGUUUUUUUAGUUUUUAAACAUCUACUUAUGAUACCAGCAUUAGGCAGACUGUUUGCCUUGCUGUGUUAAUUCAGUGAAUGCAUGUUUAGGAUGAGCUCGCCUUUAGCGUGUACAUAUUCUGCCUUUGCCCACAAAGUCCCUGCUCAGUAAGUUAUUUUAAAUGAUGAGUACAGUCAGUCCCCUCAGCGUCGUCUUCCUACAAGUAUCCGGUUUGUGUUGUUUUUUUUUAAUUUCCCUCCUGCAUUGUUGGUAUGUUGUAUGAAUGAGUUUCAACCUCUUCAGAGGCCUGUGUUGGAGAGUGAAUGACUUAUUUUAGAUAUUUUGUACCAUAAUACAUAAAGACAGAGGAAGCCGGUGCAUGGCCCUCUACAUGUGGUCGUUUGGAAUUCUAUCCUUGUGAAAUGUGCAUUAUCAUAACUUUGUUAUAAAAAUAAACAAAAUCAAGUCAA